AUGGCAAAGAUGAAUGAAGCGAAGGAGCAGUGGGGUGCGCUGAAGCGCAAAGCACAAGCACGUAAAGAUGGCCUCGAUCGAUCUUAUAACCUCCAUCGAUUUCUUGCCGAUUAUCGCGACCUUUGCUCAUGGAUUAAUGACAUGAAAGCGGUAAUAUCAGCUGAUGAGUUGGCCAAAGAUGUUGCUGGGGCGGAAGCAUUGCUCGAAAGCCACCAGGAGCAUCGGGGCGAAAUUGAUGCUCGUGAAGAUAGCUUCACGCAAACUGCAGAAGCAGGGCAAAAAUUACUGGACGAAGGCGUUGAGCAAUCCGAUGAAGCAGAGACGUGGAUGACAAAGCAAGAGGCAUUCCUGGCCAACGACGAUCUUGGCGAUAGCUUGGAUAGCGUGGAAUCGCUGAUUAAAAAGCAUGAAGAUUUCGAGAAGUCACUGGCAGCGCAGGAAGAGAAAAUCAACGCUUUGGACGAAUUUGCAACGAAAUUGAUCCAGGGCCAGCAUUAUGCGGCCGAUGAUGCAGCUGAAAGACGAAAACAGCUUGAAAACUCUUACCGCUUACAACAGUUCGAUCGUGACUGCGACGAAAUGCUUGGAUGGAUUACCGAAAAGCUGAAGACGGCGAGAGAUGAUUCUUACUUGGAUCCCACCAACAUCAGGCAAAAGCAUCUCAACUACGAGCAGGAACUGCGAGCGAACAAGAACCGUCUUGAUGAAAUUAACGCAACCGGAAGUGCGCUGGUCGAGGAGAAUCAUUACGCAGCACCACAUAUUCGGGAGCGACUGGGUGAAGUGAACGGUAUGUGGGAUGAAUUAGUGGACGCAACCGCAAAGAAGGGAGCCAAACUGAAGGAAGCCGGCGAUCAGCAACUCUUCAACAGCGAUUAUCAUGCGCAUCAGGAUCGUGUUGAUGUGAUCGGACAGCAGGCAAAAGCUUUCUCGGAUGGUGGUCAUUUCGAUGCUCCAAUGAUUUUGCGUAAGGAGGAGGCUUUGAAGAGCAGAUAUAACGCGCUACGUGAUCCACUGAAUCGACGAAAGGAGAAAUUAGCUGACGGCAAAGUGAUUACAGGACGUGACUUAAUCGGUGUGCAAAACUUGAUCAAAAAGCAGCAGGCACUGAUCGCCGAAAUUGCAAACCAUGAACCACAAAUUGAAGCAGUAGCAGCAGCAGCCGAAGCAAUGAUUAAGCAGGGGCACUUUCUUGCACCGGAUAUUCGUGACAAGCUGGCUCAGCUCCGAGACAGCUGGAGAAACCUGAAAGCAAAGGCAGAUAAGCGCCGCCAGGAUCUCGACGAUUCCUUACAGGCAACUUUUUGCAACAUUUUUUGGCACACCGCCAAGAAUUCAUAG